AUGCAAGUUACUCACGAAACGCAAUUUUUGAAUGCACCUUCUGCAUCCACCCCAAACGGUUUUAAACGCUUUUUCAAAGCAAACCCAAACGAUUUGUCAAAGUUGAAGGGUUUACCAACUUCAACUGUUACUGUUGAUGUUAAUGCCGAUUUUGAUUUGAACUGCAAGGAAACUACGAUUAAGAAAACUACUGCACCUGGUGAAGCUAAAAAGCUUCAAUCAAACCAGGACACCAAGGACAAUGGUUCAACCAAGUCCGAGUCCAAGUCCGAGUCAGUCAAAGUCAAAUCAUUCAAUGUCCACCAAUUUUUAAAGUUGGUUAUCAAGAAGAAGAAUACCAAAGUCGAGUCAUUUGGUGUGCGCCGCUUCUUAAAGUCAGUGUUUAAGAAGCAUACCAAGAUUGAGUCCCGUUCCGAAUCAGUUAAUGCCGCGCAAUUGUUGAGACCAUGUAUUAAAAAGCAUACCAAGUUAGAGCCUGUGAUCGAGUCCGUGUCCGUGUCCGAGUCUCAGUCUGUCAAGGUUCAAUCGUUCACCGCCGAACAAUUCUCAAUCAAGCCAGCUGCUCCAAAAUUGCAACCAGAUGCAGUUGCCUUGAACGCCGCCCGCGAUGUUUCCCACCUGAGCUGCUUUGAUAGUUCAUCCCUUUUUGGAACUACAAACAAAGCAUAUCAAAGAAAUGCUACACGUUCAAAUUCAAACUCAAGCUCCAGUUCAAGCUCCAAGUCUUCAAACACCAAGCCCAAGUUUCUUGAAUUAUUCGCUGAUGGCCACAGUGAAGAAUCCAUGAGGCUUCUUGAUGCUUUUGAGAACCGAGUCCGCUUAGUUCAAUUCUCACCACAUGUGAUUGAACAUGAGUUCGUCGAAGUCACCUACGAUGAUGAUCAACAAGGGCAACAACCUGUGCAAGGAAAACAACCUCCACAACAAAAACAACCAGUGCAACAACCUGUGCAACAACCAGUGCAAGAACAACAGAAAGUGUUGGUUCCUCAGCCAUGCCGUUGCCACGUCCAAAAAGUCAAGGCAAAGUUCAUGAGGUUGCAAACCAAGAUGACGGGCUGGUUUCAAAUUAAGCUGAAGUCCAACCAUGGACUACUCUUUGACACCGAAGGAUUAUCUGCAGAAAGCAUCCAGACUUUAAGAAACCCCGGACGUUCCUGGUUGAACUACGAAGAGGCACUAGUUAACAAGUGCGUCGAGGUGGACAAGAGUAAAGCUGUGCCCCGUGAGAAGCAGCGUGCUGCCUCAUCAACAAAAUAUGGAAGAGUCUUCAUGGGAUUCGGAUAUAUGGAUGAGUCAUGGGGUUUCAACAUCAUCACCAAGUCCAACACCAACAAAAACAGGCACCCUUGA